CGACUUCGUCCCCGUCCCCCAACUCUCUCUCUCUCUUUCUCUCUUCACGGAAUGCGCCCGCCGCUCCCUCCCAAACACCCCCACGCCCACCGAGCCGUCCUCUGUUUCCUCUCCCUCGUCCUUCUCUUCUUCUUUCUCUUAUACCUCUCCCUUACCCCUUCCCGGAAGAAACCCUCCCCUCUUCCUUCUCCUCCGCCUUCUUCCCGCAAUGCCCCCGCGGACUCCCUCAGCGAUCCUCACCGCCUCUUCCUCUCCCUCUCCCCCGGCGCCAAUGCUAGCAUCGCAGCCCACCUCCGCACCCUCACCCUCCGCCCCCACCUAGCCGGCACCCCUUCCGCGGCCCACGCCGCCUCCUACGUCCUCGCCCACCUCCGCUCCGCCGGCCUCCGGACCCUCGUGGCCGACUACUACCCGCUCCUCUCCUACCCCGCCUCCGCCUCCCUCGCCCUCCUCCGCCCUGACGGCGCCCUCCUGAGGCCACUUCCCCUUGCUGAGCCCGCAGACCCCGAGGCCGCCGCCGUGCCGCCGUACCACGCCUACUCCCCCUCAGGCGCCGCCAUGGCCCCCGGGGUGUUCAUCAAUUAUGGCCGGGAGGAGGACUACCGGGCGCUCGACCGGCUUGGUGUCGACGUCAAGGGCUGCGUCGUGAUCGUGCGACGCGGCGGCGGGUACCGGGGUGCGGUGGUUGUGAGGGCCGCGGCGAGAGGCGCGGUGGCUGUGCUGAUGUUUAAGGCGGCCGACCGCGGUGGAGUCGAGAGGGGGACCGUGUUGCUCGGCGGGGUCGGCGAUCCGCUGACCCCCGGGUGGGCGGCUCCUUCCGCCGCCGCUGCGCCGGACGACGGUGGGGGCGAGAGGCUUGACGCCGACGAGGAGGAGGUGAGGCGGAGGUUCCCCAAGAUUCCGUCGAUGCCGGUGGCGGAGGCUGUGGCGAUGGAGAUUUUGAGGACGCUGGGUGGGCCCCCGAUGCCUCGCGCUUGGAGAGACGCGUUGCCUUUGGCGGAGGACAGCGGCGUCGGACCCGGCCCCACGUUGGUCAACCUCACGUAUCAGGAAGAUAAGAAGUUGGCAAAGAUUCAGAAUGUUUUCGGUGUCAUAAGGGGAAGUGAGGAGCCAGAUCGUUAUGUUAUCCUUGGCAACCACAGAGAUGCAUGGACAUUUGGUGCUGUGGACCCCAAUAGUGGAACAGCUGCACUUCUUGAUGUUGCUCGCCAUUAUGGGAGCUUGUUGCGCUCGGGUUGGAGACCUCGAAGGACAAUAAUCCUAUGCAGUUGGGAAGCAGAGGAGUUUGGAAUGAUUGGAUCUACUGAAUGGGUUGAGCAGAACCUUGGAAAAUUGACAUCGAUGGCUGUGACAUACUUGAAUGUCGAUUGUGCAGUUCAAGGUGAUGGUUUUUUUGCUGGUGCAACUCCCCAGUUGGACAAGCUUCUAGUUCAAGUUACAAAACAGAUCCAGGAUCCAGAUUUGGAAGGCAGGACGGUUUAUGAUUCUUGGGCAGCAAAUAAUGAAGGUAUCAGUAAGAUUGAAAGACUGGCUAGAGCUGAUUCAGAUUUUUCUGCAUUUUUACACCAUGCGGGGAUUCCUUCUGUGGAUUUGUACUAUGGUGAAGCAUUCGCCGGCUACCAUACUGCUUUUGACUCCUAUAAAUGGAUGAUAGAACAUGGAGAUCCAUCAUUUCAUCGCCAUGUAGCCAUUGCUGAACUUUGGGGCCUCUUAGGUCUUCGGCUAGCAGAUGAUCCAGUCCUACCUUUUGAUUACCUUUCUUACUCUACCCAGUUACAUGUGGACAAUUUUGGUACGGUGAACCUAGUGGAGGCAUGCCGGAAAACUGGGGUUAAUAGGUUCAUCCUUGUUAGUUCCAUUUUGGUCAACGGGGCUGCAAUGGGCCAAAUACUUAAUCCAGCUUAUAUAAUACUAAAUGUAUUUGGGCUUACAUUGAUAGCAAAGCUACAAGCGGAGCAAUACAUCCGAAGAUCUGGGAUCAACUAUACAAUCAUAAGGCCUGGUGGCCUGAGAGAUGAACCUGCAACUGGAAGCAUCAUUAUGGAACCAGAGGAUACUCUGUAUGAAGGUUCCAUAUCUAGAGACCAGGUUGCAGAAGUUGCUGUGGGAUCACUCUUCUGCCCCGAUGCUUUCUACAAAGUUGUGGAGAUUGUUUCUCGAUCUGAAGCUCCGAAACGCCCAGUUAGUGAUCUAUUUGCUGCUGUUAGGCAAAGUUGAUGAGUUCUUUAACUUCUUGUACACCAAUAUGGUAUGACCAGUCUAGAUUCAUGUUAAUGUGACAGGCCAUGAGUUGGAAAGUAUCGAUACAGACAUUCUAUUCCAUGAAACAAAAUCUUCGAUUUGUAUCGUUGUCAGCAAUAGCAAGGAUCUCUCUUCAAGAUUAAUUUUUAGAAAGAUGAAUUCGGCUCGAA